AUGUCUACUUAUGAAGAUGAUAAUAGAUUUGAAAGGAACCUAGAGCAGCAAAAGCAGAAUACAGUUUCAGAGUCUAGAAGACAUAGAGAAAAUCUUAUUUCUUUUUUAUCAGAAACAUUACAAGAAAAAAAGACAUCAUUUUUUGAAAUUGACAAUGUUUUUCAAAAUUAUUCAAUGAAUACUUUAUCAUCAGUAACAAAUUUAUUAAUGUCUCAGUUUAUGAAUGAUUUUGAAAAUACAAAGACUAACCUUCCAGAAAAUUUUAUGGAUACAUUAGACCGUGUCCCUUUAAAAAUGCUUAAACCAGAUGAUAUUUGUUCAAUCUGCAAAGUUGGUUUUCUAGAAGAUAAAUACCCAUUUGUUGUUAAAUUAAAUUGUGGCCAUAAAUUUGAUGAAUGUAUUAGUCUUUGGUUGAAAAUAAAUGCAACAUGUCCUGUAUGCCGUAGAUCUGUAGUGAAAGAAAAGCCUGUGGUUCCUCAAGAUGAUGAAUAUGAUAGUAUGUAUUCUUAA